AUGGGUGGAGAGAGCGGAAGAGAGGGAGAGGGAGCAGACGAGGGUAGAGUUUUCGGAAGCACAAGAAUAGCGGAUGGCGAAGGGGGUGGCGACCAGGAAGGUAACGGAGAGAGGGUGGAGAUUCAUGUCUCAAGGUUGGCGGAUGAGUCUUGGAAAGGGAAGAACGUCAUGGAGGCCGGGGAAGGGUCUGGCAGGUCUCAUGAUAAGGCCUUUGAGGGAGAUAUUGGGCAAGCUACACCACAGAGUAUGAGAGAUGCAGAGAAGAGAGCAAAGGGAUGGCUACGAUCAAAGACGGGGAGAUUCCCUAGCGUAGAAUUCACAGAGGAAGCUAGGGAGAUUCUCUCUGCUCCCUAUAGGGAUGCCAUCAUCAUCAAAGUUCUUGGCAAAUCUUUCAGCUAUACUGCUAUCACUCACAAGUUUAGAGGAGUCUGGAGAACCAAAGGUGGUUAUGAGGUUUUGGACGUUGGUUUUGGUUAUUUCCUCAUCAAGUUUGACUUAUGGGAGGAUAGAGAGAGAGUUCUUCUGGGCGGUCCGUGGAUGAUAGCGGGAAACUAUGUGGCGGUAAAGCCGUGGUGCCCUUCUUUCCAUCUGUGUGAGGAUUUCUUUGGAUCCAUUUUAGUUUGGAUAAGAAUCAUCGGACUUAGCAUAUGGUAUUAUAGUGAGAAGGCUAUCUUAAACAUAGCGAGAGCGGUGGGAAAGCCGAUUAAGGUUGAUUUAGCCACCAAGUCAGCUGAGCGUGGAAAAUAUGCAAGAGCGUGCAUCCAAAUCAAUCUCGGCCAAUCUGUGAUACGCAAGAUUCUGGUUGAUGGCUUUGAAUACGCCAUAGAAUAUGAGAACCUGCAUCUCAUUUGCGGAAAAUGCAAUUGCUUUGGGCAUGUGACUCGGGAUUGUGAGAAGACAAAGGGGGAGGAAGAGACUCUACCGGUGGAAAAGACUGCCGCGCCGGCACGGAAGGAACAGGAUGGGGAAGAAGACAAGCCAUCAUCAACCACCACGGUUAAACCGGCGGAGAAAAUGGUGCACCAGAAUUUUGAAUUUGAAAAUGCAGGAGUCAAUGCUGCGUUGAAUGUGGAACAAGCAGAUCUUGUGCAGGGAACGUUGCAUGAGAUUUUGGAAGAUAUUAAUGCACCUAUUGAUGGGGAAUGGACUACGGUUACUAAAAAAGGAAAAGCUAAGAUAGGCUAA